AUGAGGUUUUGCAUGGCCCAACACCGUCCAUUCUCCCGCAAUCUAUCAGUGCUGCCCCUCUUCCUUCUCUUCGGCAUGUCUUUAUGAUCUUUGCCAAUUCUUCAAUCUUAGCAUGGCUUCUUCAUCUCCUGCACCGCCGCAAUUCCCAGAUCUACCUCCUCCAGACCCGGAUCAUGUCCACCUGCGAACUGCCUACCUCGUCACGGGCAAUCCGCGGCCGCCACAUUAUCUGGGGAGCCUCAGUCUGAAUACUACCAUAUCUGCGCUCAAGGAGAAAAUUCAGUCUGAGCUGCCUGAGCAUCCGUCUCCCUCCGAACAGCGGCUCAUCUACCAGGGCCGUCCCUUGCUCCGAAAUGAUGCCAACUUACGAGACAUUCUCAGAAUACCUGACGGUGUACCCGAUACCCUCCCGCAUACAAUCCAUAUCGUGAUCCAGUCUCAGCAGAAUACUUCGCAGUCUCAGCAACCGCCGAACCCCAUUCUGAAUCCCACUCUGAACCCCAUUCUGAACCCGCCUCCGCCACCUCCUCUACAGGUAGACCACCAGCAUGCAGAGUUUGCACGCACCUUCAGAGCUGCUCAAACAUCAGCCAACAGACUCCAGGAGUCGCUUGUCCGUAUACAGCAGCAGAUUGAAGCCAACAGAGCGGAUCUGAGAUCGGUUCAGCAGAGAAUAGCAUUACAACAUACCAAUCUGGGUGCUCCUCCAAAUCUUAUGAAUGGUCAAGUUAAUACCAAUGGCCAGCCGCUGCCAGCUCCUCACCCGCAGACUUUUGCUAUGAACUUCCAUUUCGAUCUUCCUGUGGACCAGCUGGCACAGGCUCAACGAGCACCGGGCCCCGGAAAUGCACACCCUCGCCACACGCCGCACGCCUCAUCAGGUCUUCCUCCACAGCAACCUAGAACGGCACCACUAGGUCGGCCUCAACACAAUAUUCAGGAGUUCCAAGGUCCGAACGGAGAACGCAUGACGCUUAUUACGGAGCAGGUGAGUUUCACGAUCCCUGCGCAAGGCCCAGGCUCAGGAUCUGGACAGCAACCCGCCGUACCGUCUCAACCGCAGACGAACACUGCUACUCACGCGCCACAAAACAACAUCCCUCCGCCUGUGCCACCCACUUUUGCCUUUCCUGUGAAUUUGCUUCCUUCCAUGUCCACCACGCCCAUGUACCUGUCAAAUUCGCCCGCACAAAAUCGCCCCAGUCCCCCACAAUUGUCGAAUACGACAGCCUGGUUGCUAUCUUCCCCAGUUGGACCCCAAGGAUUCUUGUUUGCUCCUGGCCAUGGCUGGUUUUGUUCUCCGCCUGUGAGGCGACAGCAACAAGUUGGCAGUGUGCCAACUCCUCAACCCCAGACAAACGACCCAAACGGAGCAGGUGCAACCCAGCUGGCACAAACCAACAAUCAGGGCCAGCCGAAUGCAAACCGUGCUAUAAUUCGAGCCAAUGAGCCUCAACCGGACCAGCCUCAACCUGUGCCUGCCGUGGCACAAGCACAGCAGAAUGGAGAAGACAACGAUCUCUUCGCAUUCAUCAUCAAUCGAGGGUGGCUUUUCUUGCGCCUCUACCUCUUCAUGUUUGUUUUCUCCGAGCCGGGUACCUGGAAGCGGUGGCUCAUGAUUUUUGCGGCGGCAGUCAUCUGUCUGCAACCUCGAGAUGGUCCCCUCACUCGCCUGUUAGCAGCCGCUCGCCGGCACCUUGAUAAUCUGAUUGGCCCACCUCCACCGCAACCUCCGCCAGAAGCUGUGGCUCACCAACAAGAUCCCGUCGUCCAACAACCCGGGGGGGCUGGCCAAGUCCGUGCCGGAGCCACUGCGCAACGACCUGCCAAUGUCCGCGGAGCCCUAACAAUGACUCCACAAGAAGCGAGGGCUCGACUGGAAGACCAGCGGCAGGACCAUGAACCACGCCCCUGGCGAGACACGCUAUAUCGUGUUGAGCAGAGUAUAGCACUGUUUCUAGCGAGUUUGAUUCCUGGUGUGGGGGAGCGUCAUGUCAGGGCAAGGGAGGAAGCGCGAAGGGAGGAACAACGUCGCGUGGAAGAAAGAGGCCGCGCGGAAAACGAAGCAGCUGCCGAGAGACCAAAUGGGGACGAGGCAGAUGCGCCUGCUAGUGACACGCAAGCUUCGUCUGCAGAGGCGAGAAAACCAGAAGUCAACGUCGAUGCGUCCGGAGAGCAGAGCACUUCAACUUCCGUCGAGGUCAGAGACGGCGAAGCCGAAUCAGGCGAAUUACGGAAUAGGACGUGAUUUCAGCCUGCUUAGCGGCGACGUAGACUUGAUUGGUUGAUUUGCUCUCUACGGUAUGAUGUGCUCGUUGAAAAGCAAAAGUUUAUGUCGAGUCCAACAUUGGGGGCCAUCGGUGCCAGUUGCGCAGCGUAUUGAAAAAACCUUGACGAUACCCAAAAUGAAACAAUCGGCUUUUUUCCCAGAUAAAGAGUCUCAACACCGACGAGACCGUCUCAUGGGAUAGGAGUGUCGUAGGAAUUCUCAAGGCGAAAGUGAUUAUGAUUCCCAGCGGAAGUCCUCUCCUCCCUUUUCUACAAACUAUAACUACCUAGACGACCGAGACGCCGAGCUAUGGGAGUACAAGAUACAGCAGAAGAC